AUGCGUGAUACUGGCGAACGCACAUCUCUGGCAAGUCGUGACGGUGGUUCCAUCGACACUGAUGCAGGCUUAUCUACAAAGUACAUAUUUCCAUCACCAGUGUCAACUGAAUCGAACUCUUCUGACUCUCGUCGGUCGUCGUGGAUGCCUCGGCUCUUGAGUCGUCAACGUACGAGCUCUAUGAUUCGACCACAACUGAUCGUGUCAGACUAUACGCAAGUAGAUGACGCACCCGCACCGAGCUAA